UAUUGUCUCGAGCGGCUAAGUUAAGUCCAGAUCGUGUACAAGAUUCGGUUUUUCUCAUUUUUUACCGUUUAAAGAUACGAACUUGGGUCCCAUAUUAUUGCUUAAAGACAAGAACUUUAUGUGCUUCCGCAAGCAUAUAUAUCAAUCUACCCUCUCCAAUCAUUCAUCUACGCCAGCUUGCUACUACUUAAUACGACGUCGUAUUAGUACGUUCCGAAGCUGUGGAUAUAUAUGGCUAUGGUGGUUGUUGUUCCUCUCUCUAGAAGUAGAAACUGAUUCUAUUCUCUUCCUCUCUUUACUGGAAUUUUCUCGACUAAACAAACAGGGUUUGUGAAAAAAGUUGUAAGAAAAUGUUCAGCUUUUCAAAGAGGCGCAUGAAGCUUGGCAGAGUUAAGGUACAGCUCUCGGAUUCUGCUCAAGGCACUAAGAGUCCUUUGCGUGUGACCAAACGCGUUGAUAACUCUACUAAUGAAGCUGCUGCUUUGGCUGCAACUAGUCAUUCUGAUGAACUUGAUUUCCAGCCUUCAUCUGGGAACUCUGAAAACUGGAUGGGCUUGUCUGUUGGUGGAGAUAAACCAGCUCCACGCUUUAAUCAUGCGGCGGCAGCUAUUGGUAACAAAAUGAUAGUAGUUGGUGGUGAAUCUGGUAAUGGCUUGUUGGAUGAUGUUCAGGUGCUGAACUUUGAUUCAUUUACUUGGUCCACGGUGUCUUCAAAAGUGUACUUAUCGCCAAGUAGUCUGCCUCUCAUGAUCCCUUCCUGGAAAGGCCAUUGCUUGGUCUCUUGGGGUAAGAAAGUGCUAUUGGUCGGUGGAAAAACAGAUCCCAGCAGUGAUAGAGUUUCAGUUUGGUCAUUUGAUACUGAAUCCGAAUGCUGGUCACUAAUGGAUGCAAAGGGAGACAUACCGGUCAGCCGCAGUGGUCAUACAGUGGUGAGGGCUAGCUCGGUACUGAUCCUUUUCGGAGGUGAAGAUUCUAAGAAGAGGAAACUAAAUGAUCUUCAUAUGUUUGAUCUCAAAUCAUCUACAUGGCUUCCUCUUAACUGCACAGGAACAAGGCCGUGUGCAAGAUCAAAUCAUGUAGCCACGCUAUUUGAUGACAAAAUUCUGUUUGUGUUUGGAGGUUCUGGCAAGAACAAAACACUUAGUGACUUAUACUCACUCGACUUUGAAACCAUGGUAUGGUCAAGAAUUAAGAUUAGAGGGUUUCACCCGUCCCCAAGAGCUGGCAGUUGUGGAGUUCUUUGCGGUAAUAAGUGGUAUAUAACCGGAGGUGGAAGCAGAAAGAAGAGACAUGCAGAGACAUUAGUCUUUGAUAUUCUAAAGGUCGAGUGGUCUGUGGCAAGCAUCUCCUCUCAAUCUUCCAUCACAGCUAAUAAGGGAUUUAGUCUAGUUCUUCUGCAACACAAGGAUAAAGACUUCCUUGUAGCUUUCGGAGGAACUAAAAAAGACCCUUCAAACCAGGUGGAGGUUUUUACCAUCGACAAGAACAAGAGUGAAUCACCAACAACACACCAUCAAACAACUUCCAAGAAGAACACUGGCCGGUUACUGUUUGGGAAACGAUCUUCUUCCUCGGCUGUUUUAACCGUUGAUGAAUCUGUCAAGGCCUCUUCUCAGAGGCUGAUUGAUUCCGUUGCCAGACAGAAACUUGCUUCUGCCAUUGAGGAGCACGGUGGCUCCGGCAGAAGGUCUUUAUCAGAGAUUGCUUUCGCUGAUCAUCGUACUCCAUCUUCUGGAAACGUCUCUUUGCGCAAACAGUUCAGCACAGAGGAAGAGUACAGAGCAGUAGUUGAACCACCUGCAAAGUCCUCAGAAGAAGAAAAGAUUACAGAUGAAGACAAUGGAGGUGGAGCAAAGAUCGCAGCAGAGAAAACACCCUCUACUGUCUAUGACCGUGAACUCCACAAGCAAACCUCUGAAUCGUUUCCUUUUGCACACAUUGAUGAUGCAUUGAUAUUCCCUGAAAUGGAUAAUGCUGCCACUUUAGCAUCAUCAUCGAGCGUGUACCAGUUCCACGAGGCGAAAAUGACGGCUCUCAUAAGAAGAAAUGGGAUUCUUGAAGGGCAGUUAGAAGCAGCGUUGGCCGGAAGAGAAGCGGCUGAGAGAAAUGUGUCGGUUGCGUUGAGGAGCAAACAAGAGAGUGAUAAGAAGCUCUCUGACGCCUUGAGAGAUGUGGAGUUGCUUAAGGAGAAGCUCACCGGGUUAGAGCUCGCACAAGAUGAAGCUAAUAGUUUGUCAAACAUGGUUCACUCUGACAAUGUCAGGCUCGAGCAUGAUGUAGCGUUCCUAAGAGCUGUCCUAGACGAUACACAGAAGGAGUUGCAGUCUACAAGAGGUGUUCUUGCAGGAGAAAGAGCAAGAGCGUUUCAGUUGCAGGUUGAAGUGUUUCAUCUGAAGCAAAGGUUACAAUCUCUGGAGAACAGAGCUGCUACACCAAGAAAGCCUUUCCAUGUCUAAACAAAGACCUGUUAACUAGAGAUAAGACAAGAACCUUUAAGACUUGCAAUUUGUAAUAUUCUCAAGACAAGAAUGAAAACCAUUUCUCUAUGUUUUGUGGAUUAAUGUAAAAAGAAAUUCAGAAAUCUCAAUAAUCUAAUCAGAUUCCAAGCA